CCUAAUGUAACAACUUUCUUUUGCUUAUCAUUCCAUUCAUUCCAUCUCAACUUGUUAAUUGCCAUUCUUUUGGAUGAAUGGUAAAUAUGGCUCUUAAGUAAUUGAUAGUAAAUUAAUAAUGAGUGAUGGGCCGAUAUCCAGAGGACGGUCCAAAUGAACCAUUUAAACAACUUCGGGUCAAGCACCUGUGAAAUACUCAAGCUGGGCCGGCCCAAGGAGUUGGGCCUAGUUAACCUCAGGCCAAGCGCAGCUGGCAGAGUCAGUCCGGAGAAGGAGACGGAGUUGAUUGACCGUUACGGAGCCGGGAAAAGGGGAUCGCAAGGAAAGAAAAGGAAGGAUUAUGGUAAGGGGCCGAACCCCACCGGGUAUCAUGCGAGCAGGCAUCCCGUCCACGCGGUACAGUCGUUGCCGGCCCCUCCUCAUGGUCGGGAAAGCUAUGGUGUGCAAGAUGCACCCAAAUACUGCGAGUACCACCGUAACAGCACCCAUAACACGUCGGAGUGCGUUACGCUGAAGAAGGAGAUGGAUCAGCUGAUCGCUAGAGGGCCGCCUCCUCGCUCGGUCAACGUAAUGUACAACAACACCUUUAAGGAGUUGGGAUUGUCCCGAAGCGACCUGAAGCCAAUCCAUACGCCGCUGUCAGGAUUUACAGGGGAUACUAUCGACGCAGAAGGAACUAUCACGGUGAAGGCCGGGGUAGGAGAUGGCACCCACCGACUCUGGGUCGACAUGGAAUUUAUGGUAGUACAGCUCGACUGUGCACACCAUCUGAUUCUGGGACGACCAGGGUUGGAGGACCUGGAGUGCGUAAUCUCCCCCGUCCACUUAUGCCUAAAGUUCAACACUCCCACAGGGGUGGGGGUAGCAAAGGGGAACCAGAGCCUGUCACGGUCGUGCUACGCCAGGGCGACCAAAAGCCAAGCCCGAGUCGACGAGAAUGUGAGCACGAUCUGUGCGGCGAUCCAGAAGGAGGAGGGGCGACCCCGAGCUGAGCCAGCGGAAGAGGUCGAGGAAGUUUCUUUGAACCCGGUUGAGCCAGAGCGGAAGGUGAAGGUAGGCAAGACCUUACCGCUUGAAUUAAAGGAGCAGUUAUUGGAGGUCCUCCGAGCAUUCAAGGUGCUAUUCGCUUGGGGACCAGAGGAUAUGCCAGGGGUCGACCCAAAAAUUAUCUGCCAUAGGUUGGAUGUGGAUCCGACCCACAAGCCGGUCAAACAGAAGAAGCGUUUCCUUUCCUCAGAACGGAGAGAGUUUGUCACCAAGCAGGUGACCACCCUGCAAUCCAUUGGUUGGCAAAUGUAGUCCUCGCACCCAAAGGGAAUACCU